AUGGAGUGCCGGGAGCAUGCAUGUGGGGCUCUGGAAACAUGCAGAGUUGUGGAUGGCAUACUGGGCUGUUACCCAGAGACCUAUGGCAAUUCCUGGGUGUUUGGGGAUCCCCAUUAUGUCACAUUUGACGGGGUCACAUUUGAUUACGAGGGAACGUGCAAAUACACAUUGAGCAAGUACUGUGGCCCCCAGGGCAUCCUCCCUUAUUUUGCCAUAAAAGCGGAGAAUGAACACCGAGGCUCCUUGUCAGCAUCAUGGACAAGUCUGGUGGAGAUUGAUGUCUAUGAGGAGCACAUUGCUAUAGCAGCAGAUCAGUAUGGCAAAGUGCAGGUGAAUGGUGUCCUGGUCAACUUGCCUUUCGUCCUUGCAAGAGGAAAGCUCUUUGCCUACUAUAGUGGCUUCUCUGCCACCAUCCAGACUGAUUUUGGCCUCUUUGUCUCCUAUGACUGGUCUUACUAUGUGUCAUUUUCUGUUCCCAAGUCCUAUUCUGGGUUCCUCUGCGGCCUUAGUGGAGACUUCAAUGGGAACCGGAGCGAUGACUUCAAAAGCCCCAAUGGCUCUGUGGUUGAGGAUGCUGUCACUUUCAGCAAUAGCUGGAAGGAGGCCAGCUCACCUUUCCACUGCACAGCAGUUGGGCGUUCACCACUCUGCGAUGAAGACAAACUAAACCAGUACACAUCUUUGACCUCCUGUGAAAUCAUCCGUGAUCCAAAUGGGCCAUUCAGACGCUGCAGUGACCCUGAUGUUGCUCAGGUCCACUUUGACAACUGUGUGAAGGACAUGUGUGCCAUGAACGGCAGCAAUUUGUGUGAGAUCCUGGGCACUUACGCUCAGCAGUGCCAAAUGGAUGGAGCCACCAUUCAGUCCUGGAGGGAGAACACUGGGUGUGAGCUGCGGUGCCCUGCCAACAGCCACUAUGACCUCUGUGGACCUUCCUGCCCUGCUUCUUGUGCCCAUCCGGCUGCACCUUCAAGCUGCCAGACUGGGUGUGUUGAAGGCUGUCACUGCAACUCUGGGCUUGUGCGGAGUGGCACCAAGUGCGUCCCUCAUGAGCAGUGUGGCUGUACUUACGGUGGAAGAUACUACCUGGCUGAGGAAACCUUCUGGCAAGGAGAAAAUUGCCAGAGCUUCUGCCACUGCAAUGGUACCACCCAUGCCGUUGAGUGUGCCAUCUCUUCCUGUGGUCCUGGAGAGUUCUGUGGCACUGAGAAAGGUGUUUAUGGGUGCCACAUCCUACAAGAUGGCACUUGUUGGGCUUCAGGGCAUCUCCACUACACCACAUUUGAUGGGUGGCAUUAUGAUUUCCAGGGCACCUGCAAAUACAUCUUUGCAGAACUGUGUGGGACAAAUGCAUCUUUACCCUUCUUCAGGGUUGAGGUGAAGAAUGAGAAGCUGCCCAGCAGGUCUUUGGCUGUGACGUCGGAGGUAUUUGUACAGGUGAACACCCAUUGGAUACAUCUGCAGAGGCGACCCUGGGGGACUGUCAAGGUUGAUGGAGUAACUGUGAACCUCCCAGUGAAUCUUAAUGAGGGAGAAACGGUCAUUUAUCAGCAUGGGAUGUACAUAAUACUGAAAACAAAGUUUAAUCUGAAAGUGAGCUACGACCUGACCCAUAGCCUCUUUGUCACCAUCCCCAAUGAGUACAUGGGCCAAACUUGUGGGCUAUGUGGGAACUUCAACGGGGCCACUGAUGAUGACUUUGUGAUGCAAGAUGGCUCCUCUGGGAAGGACGCCUCCCACUUUGCUGUGGGUUGGAAAUCAGAGACUCUCCCCAGCUGUGACGAUGGCUCCUCUGACUCCUACCCGAAGUGCCUGGAGAAGGAACAGCUCAUCCAGGCUAAAUGCAAAUGCUGGAUCAUCCAGAACCCCAACGGGCCAUUUGCUUCUUGCCACUCUCAAAUUAGCCCUGAGCCCUAUAUGUCUGAUUGUGUCUUUGACGUCUGUGUCUCCCUAGAGGACAGCAGAGUCCUGUGCCAGUCCAUUCAGAAAUAUGCAGCAGCCUGCCAGAGAGCAAACCUAAACAUCUCUGCCUGGAGGAGCAACACGUCCUGCGAUCUUCAGUGCCCAGAGCACAGUCAUUACGAGCUCUGUGACAAUCCUGUGCAUAAGCAAUGCUCCGGGACAUGGCUCCAGGCCUUCUAUGGCUCUGCUUGCUCUGAAGGGUGUUUCUGUGAUGACGGUUACUAUUGGAGGGGCAACGAGUGUGUUCUACCGCAGCAGUGUGGCUGUGAGCAUGAUGGGCGCUACUUCAAAGUUAGAGACCACAUCUGGCUGCCAGGCUGUGCUAAAAAAUGCAGCUGUGACCUGCAUGGCAAUUUCCGCUGUUUUGCAGCUAAAUGUAACCUGGAUCAACAGUGUGUCCUGAAAGAUGGGCAGUGGGGCUGCCAGGACUUCAUGACCACCUGUGUUGCGACAGGGGAUCCCCACUACUUCACGUUUGAUGGAGCUAUGGUGCAUUUUCAGGGCACCUGUGACUAUGAAGUCUCUUACACUUGCAACUCCUCCCUAGAUUUCUCCUUCCGGAUUCUGGCUGCCAACAGGCAUUUCUGGAACCCCAGAGUCUCCUUUGUUUACCGAGUAGAAAUCUGGUUCCGCACCAGCCAUUCCAAUGUCCAUAUUGUCCUAGAGAGAGGCAAAGCUGUCCAUGUGAAUGGCAGAAGGACCCAGUUACCAGCCCAUGUCAGAUCCCUUGCUGUGAUCCUCAGAACGAGGAACAUGGUGGUUGUGAGAAUGAAAGCGAACGUAGAGAUCCAGUUCAAUGGGGCCAGUAGUGUGUUCAUACGUGUAGGCCCAGAGUAUCGUAAUCAGCUGUGUGGAAUGUGUGGAAAUUUCAAUGGUGAUGCCACUGAUGAUAAAAUUCUGCCCAGUGGAGAGAAAGCUCUGAGCGAUGCAGAGUUUGGGAAUGCCUGGAUAUCCAACACGAGCCCAAUGAGGUGUCAGAAUGACACUGGGCAUCUUCACCCUUGUCCAAUGCAACAUGUGUUUGAGCAAAAGUGUGCCAUCCUAAUCAAUGACCCUGGGCCUUUCUCUGAGUGUCACUGGCACAAAAGCCCAGACCCUUAUUUCGAGUCCUGUGUUUAUGACCUCUGCCAGUAUGGACAGGGCCAUCGCAUGCUAUGCUCAGCCAUUGAAGCCUACGAUGAGAUGUGCACCAUUAUGGGUGUGAAAGUGACCAACUGGCGACAGGAGAUUGGAUGCAGUGUUACCUGUCCAUUCAACAUGUACUAUGACUUCUGUGGCUCAGGUUGCCCAGCCACAUGCGCCAACCUCAAUGCACCUGCCCAUUGCACAAAGUCCUGCGUUGCAGGCUGCUUCUGCCGAGAAGGGUACGUCCUUCACUCUGGAGUGUGUGUGCCUCUUAGGACCUGCGGUUGCACUCUGGAUGGCCUCUAUUACCAGCUGGGAGAUGAAGUGAUCCUGACAGACACUUGCAAGAAACAGUGUUCCUGCAGGCAGCCUGCUCGCUCCAUGGAAUGCCAGGAACAUGCCUGUGGGCCUCAGGAAAUAUGUAAAGUUGUGGAUGAAAAACGAGGCUGCCGCCCUAUGAAAACUGGCACCAUGUGGAUACACAGCCACUCUCGCUAUGUCACAUAUGACGGUUUUGUUUAUGGUUUUCGAGGAGCCUGUCAAUACGUCCUGACAACCUACUGUGGCCCUCCAGGCAGGCUUCCCAGUUUCACAAUCAAAGUGCUGAACGCACACAACGCCUCCAUUGUGACAACCACAGUGAAACUGGUGGAGCUGCAUAUCUAUGGGGAGCAAAUUGUUAUAGAAGCAGGACAGGAUGGCAAAAUACAGGUCAACGGGCACCUGAUGAACCUGCCUGUCACCCUUGCAUCAGGGAAACUCAAUGCCUAUUGCAGCAUCUCUGGCAAAUUUGUCAUUGUCGAGACUGAUUUUGGCCUCUCUUUUUCCUAUGACUGGGUUUUCUAUGUGUCAGUUUCUCUUCCCGAGACUUAUUCUGGGUCCCUCUGUGGCCUUGGUGGCGAUUUCAAUGGGAACCGCCUUGACGACUUCAGGACCCCCAAUGGCACUUUGGUUAAAGAUGCUCUCGUUUUUGGAAAUAGCUGGAUGGAUGCCAGCUCUCCUUUCCACUGCAGAGCAGUUGGAGUCCCCUCUGCAUGCAGUGAAACAGAACUAGCCCAGUUCAGCUCUCGGAACUACUGUGGAAUUAUCAGUGGUGUGAAUGGGCCGUUUAAAGACUGUAAUAGCCCAGAUGAUGCUCAGGUUCACUUGGAAAACUGUGUGAGGGACAUGUGCACAAGCAAAGGAAGCUACAAGACUCUAUGUGAGGUAUUGCAGAGCUAUGCCCAUCAAUGCCAGACUCGAGGCAUCAAAAUUCAGCCAUGGAGAGAGAUCCCUAGAUGUGAAUUGACCUGCCCAUCAAAUAGCAGUUAUGUCCUCUGCGGUUCUCCCUGCCCUGUCUCUUGUGCUGAACGGUCCAUGCCCAGGAACUGCAGCAGGUCUGCCUGUUUAGAAGGAUGCCAAUGUAAACUGGGGUUUGUGUUGAGUGGUGUCAAGUGUGUGCCUCUGGAGCAGUGUGGCUGCUCCUACAAGGGACGAUAUUAUCUGAACGGGGAAACGUUCUUCCAGGAAGGAGAAAAUUGCCAAAAAAUGUAUCAAUGCAAUGGAUCCGCCUAUGCCGUUAUUGCCACUGGGUCCCUGUGUCACCCAGGACAGUUCUGUGGCACCCAGAGAGGGGUGUACGGGUGCCACCCCUUGUCAGAUGGUAUCUGCCAGGUCUCUGGGUUCCUCCACUACAUCACUUUUGAUGGGCGGCAUUAUAGUUUCCAGGGAACCUCCAAGUAUGUCUUGGCUGAGCCGUGUGUGGCGUCAAAGUCUUUGCCACGUUUUAAGGUUGAAGUGAAGAGCGAGAAGCUGCCCAACAGCUCUUUAUCUGUAAUGUCAGAGGUUUUUGUACUGGCAAACAGGACACGGAUAUAUCUGAAGAGUGGGCGCAGAAGAACUGUCAAAAUAGAUGGCUUGGUCACAAUCCUCCCAGUUCAUUUACAAAGCCAAGGAAUUGCCAUUUACCAGCAUGGAUUUUAUACAGUUUUAAACAUAGGCUUUGGGCUAACAGUCAGCUAUGACCUGGCUCGCAGUCUCUUUGUCACGCUUUCCCCUCAGUACCAAGGCCAGGUCUGUGGGCUGUGUGGGAACUUCAAUAGGGUCACUGAUGAUGACUCAGAGACACGAAAUGGUUCCACAGUUCAGCAUGCCUUGAGCUCUGCUAUAGACUGGAGACCAUCAGUCAUCUCCCAUAGCACCUCUUUUGCUGCAUUUGAUUGGGGGGAACGUCUCAUCCAGUCCAAAUCAAUGUGCUGGAUAAUUCAGAAUCCUGAUGGGCCCUUUGCUUCCUGCCACCCCCAAGUUGACCCAGAGUCUUAUCUGACAAGUUGCAUUUUUGACCUGCUGCAAGUGUCUGCUGGGGACAACAACGUCUUGUGCCAGUCCAUUCAGACCUAUGUGGCUGCCUGCCAGAGAGCCAAUGUCACCCUCUGGCCCUGGAGGACAGAGUUUUUCUGCGCUGUUGAUUGCCCACCAAAGAGUCACUAUGAGCUCUGCAAACCUCCCUGCCAAGACCUGUGCUUGGCCUCCACAUUUAAGCAUCUCUGCAGCUCCCUGUGCUCUGAAGGGUGUGUCUGCGAUGACGGGUACCUGUGGGAUGGAGACAAGUGCAUUCGGCCUGAGCAAUGUGGCUGCGAGUACAAUGGGCAAUACUACAAUGUCGGGGACCUUCUCUGGCUCUCCGGAUGCACACAAAAAUGUAGCUGUGAUACUUCUUCCACCUUCCGCUGUGCCCCAGCCAGCUGCAACCACAGGCAGCAGUGUGCCAUCAAGGAUGGAAGGCUGGGCUGCAAGAAUCAGCUGGCCACUUGCAUUGUGUCCGGGGAUCCGCAUUACUUCACUUUCGAUGGUGCAGUGGCACAUUUCCAGGGCACUUGUGCCUAUGAGAUCUCAAAGACUGAUGGCUUCUCUACUGACUUCUCCUUCCGGGUGGUGGCUGCAAACAAGAAUUUUGAGAGUCUCCAGGUGUCUUUUCUUUACCGAGUGGAGAUAUGGCUCAUCUCUAAGCAGUUCAGUUCUCAUGUUGUUUUGGAGCAAGGCAAAGAUGUGCAGGUUGAUGGGAGACAGACCAUCUUGCCGACAGAGUUGAAGCAGUUGGCCAACAUCACGCGACGAAGAAACAUGGUGAUUUUGAGAGCACAUCCCAAUCUGGAGAUCCAGUACAAUGGCCGCCAUGCUUUGUUUGUCCGUGUAGGCCAAGAAUUCUGGGGGAAGCUGUGUGGAAUGUGUGGGAACUUCAAUGGCAUUCGUGGGGAUGAUAAGGUCCUGCCUGAUGGGGAAAAAGCCAAGAAUGACUCGGAGUUUGGCAAUGCUUGGAGAUCGGACAGAAGCCCCUCAAAGUGUAGGAAUGACACAGGAGAACUUGGGCCUUGCAUAAAACUGCAAGAGUUUGAGCGGAUGUGCGGGAUCCUAAGAGAUCGCUCUGGGCCUUUCUCAGAGUGUCACUGGCAUGAGGACCCAGCUUCUUACUAUGAAUCCUGCAUCUAUGACCUCUGCCAGUAUGGACCAGGCAAUCGCAUGCUCUGUGCAGCCAUAGAAGCCUAUGAAGAGAUGUGCACGAUGCUUGGAGUGAAGGUGCCAAACUGGAGGAAAGCACUUGGAUGUGACAUUGCCUGCCCAGCCAAUGCUUACUAUGAUUUCUGUGGCACGGCCUGCCCUCCCAGUUGCGCCAACCUCACAGCCACCACCGAGUGCCACAAGCCAUGUGUGGCGGGUUGCUUCUGCCGAGAAGGAUACGUUUUGAACUCAGGAGUCUGUGUGCCCCUGGGGCAGUGUGGCUGCAGGCUAAAUGGCCACAGCUAUCAGCUAGGAGAAGAAGUGAUCCUGACAGACACCUGCAGCAGGAAAUGCUCCUGCAAGCAACCUGGCCACUCCAUGGAAUGCCAGGACCACACCUGUGGGACUCUAGAGAGAUGUAAAAUGAUGGAUGGCAUCCGGGGCUGUUACCCUGUGACGUACGGCACCAUGUGGGCAUUCGGUUACCUCCAUUAUAUCACAUUUGAUGGAAUUGCGUUUGACUAUCGAGGUGUCUGCAGGUACACCCUCACCAGGUACUGUGGCCCUCCUGGUCACCUCCCUGCAUUCACCAUCCAUGUGAACAAUGAACACAAAGGCUCCAUCGCAGCAUCUUGGACCAGCCUGGUAGAGCUGGACGUCUAUGGGCAACGCAUCACUGUAGCAGGAAGGCAAGAAGGAAAAGUGCAGGUGAACGGCCUCCUGAUGAACCUGCCUGUCACCCUUGCAUCAGGAAAACUCAACGCCCAUUACAGUGGCUCCUUUGUCAUCAUCCAGACUGAUUUUGGCCUCUCUCUUUCCUAUGACUGGUCUUACUAUGUGUCAGUUUCGGUUCCUGACACCUAUUCUGGUUCCCUCUGCGGCCUUGGUGGAGAUUUCAAUGGGAACCACCAUGAUGACUUCAGGACCCCCAAUGGCUCUGUGGUUCAGAAUGCUUUUGCUUUUGGCAAUAGCUGGAAGGAUGCCAACUCUCCUUUCCAUUGCACAAUGGUCGGGAUCCCAUCCUCCUGCAGUGAAACUGAAAUAGCCCAGUUCAGAUCGCAAAACCAGUGUGGAAUGAUUAGUGAUCUGAACGGACCCUUUAAAGGAUGCAACAGUUUUGCAGAUCCUCAGAUGCACAUGGAGGCCUGUUUAGGGGAUAUGUGUGCAACUCAGGGCAGUUAUAAGACCCUAUGCAAGGCCCUCCAGAGUUAUGCUUGGCAGUGCCAGGUUCAUGGCAUCACCAUUCAGCCAUGGAGAAAGAUCACAGGCUGUGAAUGGGCCUGCCCAGCUAACAGCAAUUACGUGCUCUGUGGAAUUCCCUUCCCUGCAUCUUGUGUACAACCAGCUGCGCCCAGGAGCUUCCAUUCUGCUUGCCUAGAAGGCUGCAAGUGUGAACCUGGCUCAGUGCUGAGUGGCACUGACUGCGUGCCUCAGGAGCAGUGUGGCUGCAGCCACAAGGGCCGAUAUUACUUAAAAGGGGAAAUAUUCUUCCAGGAAGGAGAGAAUUGCCAUAAAAUGUACCAAUGUGAUGAAUCUGUCUUUGCUAUUAAUGCUAUGGGGUCCUCGUGUAGCCCUGACCACAUCUGUGGUAGCCAGAAGGGGGUGUACGGGUGCCACUCAUUGUCAGAUGGCAUCUGUCGGCUUUCUGGGUUUCUCCACUACACCACCUUUGAUGGGUGGCAUUAUGGUUUCCAGGGCAGCUCCACAAAUGUCUUGGUUGAACUGUGUGGGGCAUCCAAGUCUUUACCAUCUUUUAGAGUGGAGGUGAAGAAUAAGAGGCUGCCCAGUGGUCCUUUACCUGUGAUAUCGGAGGUGCUUGUGCUGGUGAACAAUACACAGAUAUAUCUGCAGAGAGGACACCAGGGCACCAUCAAGAUUGAUGGAGUGGCUGUAAACCUCCCAGUGGAAAUCCAGGCGCUGGGAACUGUUAUUUAUCAGCACGGUUUUUACACAACUUUAAACACAGACUUUGGGCUGACGGUGAGCUAUGACACGGCACACAGCCUCUUUGUCAUGCUUUCCCCUCACUACCGAGACCAAGUCUGUGGGCUGUGUGGUAAUUUUGACGGGGUCACUGAGGAUGACGAAUUCAUGUUGCGAAAUGGCUCCACAACCAGGGACAUCGUGGAUUUGGGUGGCAUUGAGGAGUCUUCUGCCUCUAGCUCUGUGUUUGUUCCGUGGGAAUAUGCCAUCCAGUCAAAAUCCACAUGCUGGAUCAUCCAGAAUCCAGAUGGGCCAUUUGCCUCUUGCCACUCCCAGAUUGAUCCGGAGCCUUAUCUGACAGACUGCAUUUUUGACUUUUACGUCUCUGCCUGGGACGAGGAGAUCUUGUGUCGAUCCAUUCAGGCAUAUGUAACAGCCUGCCAGAGAAUCAAUGUCACCAUCUCACCGUGGAGGAGAGAGUCUUUCUGUGGCUUUGACUGCCAGGCCAAUAGCCACUAUGAACUCUGUGGGACUCCCUGCCAGGAUGUCUGCUUGCCUGUUUGGAUCGCGCCCCACUGCCCUCAUACGUGCACGGAGGGGUGCUUCUGUGACAAAGGGUACCUGCGCAGUGGGGACAGCUGCAUCUCAGAGGAGCAGUGUGGGUGCAUACACGAUGGAGUGCAUUAUAAGAUUGGGGACCGCGUCUGGCUCCCUGGUUGCCGCAAGAGGUGCAGCUGUGAAGGCCCUUCUGACUUUCACUGUGUCCCAGCCAGCUGUAACCUCGGCCAGGAGUGUACCGUGAAGGAUGAGAAACUGGGCUGUCAUACUCAGUGGGGAACCUGCACCGUGACUGGAGACCCUCAUUACUUCACUUUUGAUGGGGCGGUGACACAUUUCCAGGGCACUUGCGCCUAUGAGAUCUCCAGGACUAGCCACCCCUCCCCUCCCUUCUUCUUCCGGGUUGUUGCAGAGAACAGGCAUCAGGGGAACCCCCGUGUGUCUUUUGUGACCCGAGUGGAAGUCUGGCUAAAGAGCGGUGCAUUUAGCUUUCAUAUCAUCCUAGGGAGUGGUCAGAUGGUAGAGGUCAACAAGGAGAGGGUGCAAUUGCCCCACAGCAUGGAGCUCCUGGGCUCCAUUUCCAAGGUUAAUAACAUUGUGACAAUAAAAACAGCAGCCAGCGUGGAGAUCCAAUACAAUGGCCGCCACACGCUGUUCAUUCAUGUGGGACCAGAGUACCACGGGAAGCUGUGUGGAAUGUGUGGGAAUUUCAAUGGCAUCCCUGGGGAUGAUAAAGCCCUACCUGGUGGGAACAGAGCCCAGAAUGACUCGCAGUUUGGAAACGCCUGGAAAACAGAUACUAGCCCAGCAGGGUGCUUGGAUGACACUGCAGUGUUAGAGCCCUGCAAAGAUCCCCAGGAAUAUGAAGAGCUCUGUGGGGUCCUGGUUAGCCAAUCGGGACCGUUUGCCGAAUGCCAUUGGCACGUGGAACCUUCUUCAUUUUAUUUGUCCUGCGUGUAUGACUUGUGCCACUAUGGGGUGGCUAAUGGGAUGCUGUGUGUGGCCCUCAGUGCUUACGAGGAGAUGUGCCUUCUCCAGGGGAUCCACCCCAGUAGGUGGAGAGCAGCUGCCGGGUGCCCUAUGGCUGACCCUUGCAUUGACUUAGCAUGUGGAGAGAACGAGUGGUGUGGAGAGAAAAAAGGAAAAUGGGGUUGUUUCUGCCACAAAGAUUACGGCCCUGCCAAGCAGGCUGCUUAUGAUUACCAGCUGACAUGCAGUGGCAGCAGCAGCGCUGUGUCCCUUUCCCGCUGCCUGCUCUUCACUGAUGGAUUCCCUGCUGAGGGACUGCACCUGGCAGAUCUCACUUGCACUGGCACCCUUGUGGGAGACAGGCUCAUCUUCCACUUCGAUACUGUGCAGAAGACCUGUGGGACCACAGUAGAGUUCAACGCAACCCAUGCCAUCUACUCCAACGUGCUGGAGGGCCAUGUGGAGAACACCUACGGAGGGGUGAUCAGCAGAGACCGGUUUCUCUUCCUGCGUUUCUCCUGCUCCUACCCACUGAACAUCAACCUUUCAAUGGCAUCUGUCAUCCAUCCUAUCCAGGACAUCAUUAACACAACUCUCACCUCCGGCCAAGGGAGCUACCAGACCGUCAUGACUUUGUAUCAAGACCCCCAAUACAGCAAGCCCUUCACCUAUGGCCCUAUCCUGCUCACUGUCAAUCACAGAGCCUAUGUGGGCAUCAGCGUUUUGGGGGCAGACCCCACCCACUUUGUGAUUACCUUGUCAUCGUGUUGGGCCACACCAGAGAAAGACCCUUCCUCCAGCAUUCGGUGGGAUCUCAUCACCAACCAGUGUCCCAACCCUCGAGAUGGCACAGUAGUAGUUGAGGAGGAUGCAGUAUCUCUCACUGGCCGGUUCUCCUUCAACGUCUUCACAUUCAUCCUGGACUUGGAGGAGGUGUACCUUCACUGUCGCAUCCGCCUCUGCAGCUUCCCUACAGCCAAGUGCACUGUGAAUUGUGACAAGCCAGGCCCUGCAAUUGCUGGAAGGAAGCCUCCAUCAGGCAUAGUCACGGCUGGCCCUUUCCUGAGAUAUGAUUCUCUUGAUCAAGGGCUCCAGCUGGCCAGUGGAAGCUGCAUCUCAUCCCCUUUCACCGUGCUGCUCACUGCCGUAGCUUCAUGUCAGAUUCUCUGCUAACACUUUUCAUCCAAGACAGGGUUCUUACUGGGAAUAUGGUUCACAGACAGAAGGAGAUGGGUCUUGAAGUUUGCCAGUCCAAUGGGGACUUCUCAUACACAUGCUGGAAUCCUGCAAAGCCCCAAAUUCCUUCUGCUGUGAAGACAGAGCCCACUACUGGAGACUACAGAUGGGCGAGAAAUUCAAUUCAGUUUAUAUUUCAAGGCAAAUCUAUCAAAUCUGCA